AUGUUCUUCUCGAAGUCUACUCUCAUUCUCUCGGUCCUGGCUCUGGGCAACAUCGUGGCUGCUGCGCAGCCCCCUGCCUGUCUUCUGUCCGUCGUUGGAUCCGAGAAGAAUCCCUCCGACCUCAAGGCGGUCUGUGUCACCAAUACCGACAAUGUCCAGCAAAAGAUCUCGGACAGAUGUGGCGAUAACGAGGAGGCAGCUCUGAAGUGGUACUCUGAUAACUGCAGCGGAGCGGGAUACAAAGUUGAGGUCAACACCUCCACAACCUCUUCUGGAUCCCAUGCCACCGGUACUUCCUCCAAGGGCUCGACCGUGACCAACAGUGGCUUCGUCACUGCGACCGCAACCGGUUCUGGAAACAGCGGCUCUUCUAGCUCUAGCUCUGGUAGCUCUGGUAGCUCCAGCUCUAACGCCGCGUCUCCCUCCCAGACCGUCUCGGCUGGCUCGUCCGACAGACAUGUUUCUGCGGCUGCGUUCGCGGCUGUUGUCUUCAUGGGUUUUGCUGCCACUCUGGCUGUGACAUUUCUAAAAUGUACAUUUCGUCCACCAUUCUUGUUCUAUUUAUUCAAGGUUCCGCCAUGGAUUGGCUGGAAUUUAUCUCAUAGAAUUGCUCGCACUUAUGCGACUAACAUCUAUAUCUCAUCAACGUCCGUUAAUGCAGGGAAUUCUAUAGUAGAACAUUGGGAAGUCAAGGCGAGGUCUAGAAACCUAGGGAUCUAA